CCUCCUUCUCAGAAGACCACCCGUCGACGGCCGUACAUGAAGCAGCCAUCUAUCGACGUGUACCUAUCUAUAUAAAUCCUGACCGGAUGACAUCUGCCUUGCAAGUCUUCACCUCGGUGCGAAAGGCAGCUGAAUAAAACAACACCUCUACGUCCACGUCGGCGAAUCGGCCUUCGCUAGAUGGAGGGACGCUAGAACCACUGUUUGGCCAAGAUGACCACGCAGCUGCUCGCUACCGAGCUGGCAAAUCUCAUUCAGGAGAGCAAACGCAAACAUAACGAUUUGCGCCAGGCAGCCGAGAAGUCUCUCGAUGAACUGAAAAGCAUCCGGUCUACCUCGGAAGCCUCAUUGGCAGCUGAACUCGCGCAAAGAGUGAGCUUUGUCAAUCCCUUCAUCAUCGCAUGCGGUACCAAGAAUGCCAAAUUCACAGGCAUCGCCAUCGUGUGCCUCUCACGUUUGAUCCUCGUGGGUGCUUUGCCAUGGUCUAAGCUGAGCCCCGUGCUAGAAGCUCUUCGUGAGGCUACCUCGGCUGGCUUAGAUGUCCAGCUCAAGAUUCUACAGGCCCUGCCCACUCUGUUGCAAAACUACGCAAAUGAUAUCAGAGGUGACCUACUCGUUACGGCUCUCAAUAUCUGUUUUAUCUUACAGACGAGUAAGAAUGGCGUCGUCAGUAACACCUCUGCCGCUACCCUCCAGCAGCUUAUCAUGACCGUCUUUGAAAAGGUCGCAACUGAAGAUAAGUCGACAUCGGGCACAGAAGUUGCUGGCGAAGCACCUAUGGGCAAUGGUGGAACGGUCAAGCUUCGCGCAGCUGCAAUGGACGCGCAUCGCGUCUUCAAGGACAUCUGCUUAAUGACGGAAAAUCAUCGACCUGAAUAUUUGCGUUUCACCGGGCUCCCGCAAACCUUUGGCCUAGAGUUGAUAGAAUCGGUCUUGAGUCAACAUGCCGGCCUCUUCCUGGCACAUGCCGAACAAGCCUACAUCCUUCGUACCAGGGUCAUGCCAUUCAUUAUCAAAACACUAAGUGGAAAGCCCGACUUUGCUACGUCCGUCCGGCUGGUGCGCAUCUUGUACACCUUGCUCAAGAAGCAUCUCAGUAUUCUGCCAUCUGAGGGUGGAGAUGCUCUAGAUGCCUUGACUCAGUUGCUAGAUCAAGAUACUGUGAUUUGGAGACGAGCUUUGUGCAUGGAGGUUUUCAGAGGUAUUUUCGCUGAGCCUGCGCUGAUGAGGCGCAUCUUUAGACUAUAUGACAGCCAGGGAGGCAGGAGCAUACUCAAAAGCUUGACAGCAACAUUUGUCCGUGUGAGCACCGAGAAGCCAGCGGUCAUAGGACUCGGCCAUCAAUCCACGAUUCCUGUUGCAGAUCCGUAUGCCAACAUGGGGGCAUCUUCGGAUCAAGCUAUGCUUGAGUCGAGUGGUGUUACAGGGAUUAUUGGUGGAUCUGUAAACGAAGGUCAUAAUACUGGCAUAAGCUCUCAAUGGAGUACCGUUAGAGUUGCUUGCAUAGACCAGCUGGAUAAGACGGAUCCUCCCAGCAUUCCUGAAUCUUACAUCUAUGCGCUUACGCUAUCCUGCAUUACUUCAUUAUCAGAAGGUCUAGCGAAGUUCAUAUUACCACUCACAGUACCUGGCGAUGCUCGCUCUCGCAAGAGGGGGGCGAAACCCUCAGACACCGGUAGAGACUCGCCAGCGCCAACGGAAACAAGCAGCGCGGAUAGCACAAAGACUGGAUUGGAGAAGAGCAUGAGCGCGACCUCCCUUGACAGAUCUUCGUCUUUCAAAAAGAACCCUGUACCUGUUAAUCCGCUAGCGUUGAAAGAUCAUCCUUUAUAUAUUGAUGUCAAAACAUGUGCCGACAUCAUCGAUGAGUGCUGGCCUGCUAUCCUUGCCACCUGCUCAACUUUUCUAUACGCUGCAUUGGACUCGGAGUAUUACCAUGGUCUCGUGCGAGCGUUUCAAAAGUUCGCUCAUGUCGCCGGACUUUUGCAACUCACCACCCCACGAGAUGCCUUUCUCACAACGCUGGGCAAAGCAGCUGUGCCGCCCAAUGUUUUCACUGCUUGCCUCAACACUGGCUCUUCGAAGUCCCAUAUACCCAGUCCGACUACCGAGACGCCCAAUUCCAUUCUUGGAAAUGCCAGGGGCUUAUUGAGUGUAGAGAAUCUGGUGACUCCAGUGGGUGUCGCAGGUGAAAGGCAGAGACAGGCUUCAUUCGACGCGAGCAGUAUACCACAAACAAUCAAUACUCGCAACUUGUUGUGCAUGCGUGCACUGCUCAAUUUGGGCAUUGCUCUUGGACCCACGCUCAGUUCCUCAUGGUCAAUUAUUCUGGAAACCUUGCAACAAGCUGAUUUUGUGCUAUUUACGAAUGGAAAGACUCCUGGGAAGAUCCCAAUAGUGGCCAAAGUCUCUGAUUCAGCAGCUGAGGCUGAGGCCGCAGGACUGCUAGCUAGUUUCAGUACGGAGAUACGAGCCGUGGAAACGGCUGCUUCGAGACUUCUGGAAAGCACCGUUGACUUUCCAAACGAUGCCUUUGUCGAAAUAGCCACAGCCGUUUGCCACCUUCUAGAACAUCAUCCGGGACCUUCAUCAGAACCAUCGGUUCAACCUCGUUCUCCACUUCCCCCUGCUUCACCCGCUGCAGGAGUGCGAUCGCCAAGCGCGCAGCAUAGGAAGUUAUCCGGUCUUUCAACCACUGUCCCGUCUGGAGCUAGCCAAGAAGAUCAGUUCACACUCGCUAAGAUCGGCGACUUGGCUGUCAUAAACCUCGAGAGACUGCUUCUAUAUGCCCCGGAUGUAUCAGGCUGGAAUCAGAUUACUUCUGAACUCGUUAGGGUCCUCAGCUCCAGCGGCAUAGCUGCCCCGGUGAGAAGUCGGGGGGCUGACAUUCUAGUGAGACUCAUGCUGGAUGCUGUGAAAGCAAUAAGUGGUCAAACCGACGAGACGCGGGCGCGAGUUCAGUUGCGGGUAUUACAAACUCUUCGCGCUUCUCUAGUCCCCUUGGAAGAAGAGAAUCGAGUGGCUUCUGUAACCACAUAUGCCACCGAUGUUGAUAUUCACAAGAUUAUCUUGGAAGGGUUAAAGGAUCUUCUCGAUGAAUGCGGAGAAUCGCUUCUUAGUGGGUGGAGUGUCAUUUUCGAGAUUAUUGGCACCAUUUUUAUUCCGAGAAGAUUUGCUGCUGACGACAGCUCCGAUGAACGCCCAGCGCCGCAAGGGCUAGCUACGCGAUCUUCCAAAUUGAUACGCUCUGCAUUUAGCUCCAUGCAGCUCGUCUGCUCGGACUUCUUGUCUUCUUUACCUAAAUCAUGUUUCCUUAUUCUCGUUGAUACCCUGUACAAGUUCUGCUCUCAAGACGAUGACCUUAAUAUUGCAUUGACAACAGUCACAUUUUUCUGGGAUCUCUCCAACUUUCUCUCGGGAAAGAACAAAGCACUUCCCAUUACCAAUAACCUCGUCGGCGAUUUCGAUGAAGCUUCUCUAGUCGAGAAGGCCUCGCAUGCUGAGAAUGCAUCUUCAGACGCCGCUCUUUGGAUGCUUCUUCUUAUCCGACUCACGAAUGUGACCAUCAACGACAGAUUAGACUUGAGAAAUAGUGCAAUCCAAACACUUUUACGAAUUUUUGAUGCGUACGGCGACCAGCUUUCUCCUGAAGCCUGGUCCAUCUGCAUUAAAGCAGUGAUAUUUCGUUUGAUGGCUUCCAUUGAAACUGAAUUGCAAGCACUCAAUGAUGCUGAGUGUAACGAAAAGACCCGGAACGAAUGGCAUGAUACGGCAGUUGUCGUCCUCAACGGCAUUUCUAGUCUGCUUUCAAAUUAUCUAGAUGUUCUCACUGUCCAUCCAACUUUCAAUUCCUACUGGCAACAACUGCUGGGCCAUUUCGCAACAUUGCUAGACCUCCAUGUGCUGGAAAUCAGUACAGCGACCUUCAAAGCUCUUACGCAAAUCCUUUCCCAUAGUCAGACCGGUUCAAACCAAAAUUUCAAUAAAACGACCAUAGAUCUCGCGUGGGAUCUGUGGUCUCGCGGCAUACCCGUAACCAAUCUGGAGACAACGGAUAAACCCCUAGAUAACCAGAACUGCUUGCUAGCUUAUGUCGCCGCCUUGCGUGACGUAUACCGCUUGAUACAAGACGAUCUAACAGUUGAGCGAAUUCGCCGCAUGCUCACGCUCCUGCGCGACGUCAUGCGAACGGCGGCGCCUGGUGCAUUUAUUGCAGACAUUGACCAUGCCACGCCAUUACAGGGACAAGUGCUAGAUGUUCUUAAGAUGAUUCGAACCGAUAUUCCUGGGGCGCCCUCUGCUUUGAUCACCCAGACCUCCGAAUUUGUCUCAUUAGCUUUUACUGAUGGCGACACCACUGCAACUGAACGUACCACGCAGAAGAGGACAUAUGUCGCUAUGUCCAAAGCCAGCAUGGUGAUGUUACAAACAUUGGUACAGUCACAUGCGUCAGACACUGAUAUUUAUAAUAAUGGCUCUUUACUGACAGCGCUGGCGGCUUUAUCGAAACCUAUUGAGCUCAAGUACCAGUUUCCCAUUAUCACCAAGUCAGAGCAACCCUGGAAACAGGCAACAAACUCGGCUAUAGCUAUUCUAAGAGCCACCAUAAGCCACCUCGUAACGCUUGAGAUUCCUCGUGCCAUGCUACAAGAUAUUUGGCAAAUCCUUGUUAUCAUUACGAAUGGUAUAUCUAAAGCAGACUGCGAGGCGCCGCCUGAUAAGAUUAACAUCUCUGAUGACGAAGAUUUCGAUAUUACGUCGUUUAUGCAAUUACGAAACUUGAUAAUCCCCUCAUUGGGCGCAGAAGUUGUUCCGGACAAGACGCGAAAACUCUUUGCCGAAAACCUUUUCCGCAUGUCCAUUAUUCAUGCGCCAGCGCCUGCUGAGUCCUCUCUCAUUUACGGAAACGAGGGAGGUGACAUGGUUGGAUUAUCGAACCUCUAUAAAACCCGGCGUGGUCGUACCAUUGACCCUCCACCAUCAAAACGUAGCAAAAUGUCGUAUAUUUGUCUAGAUGAGCUCUUCUCCCUUGUCGCGAGCCAGGAUACAACCGCAGAGCCACAGACCACUAUCCAGCCAUCUACAGCCAGGCCAACGCCAUCUUCCGGCAGCGCUGCUUCGGAACCUUCUCGCGUGCUCAGAAUCCGACUCGCGAGGACAGCGGCGCCAUAUCUAAUCUUGAGAGCUGCUCUGACGCUACGCACGUAUGUCGCGGACCAGCCCCUUCGCGGCCGGAUGCCGCAGCCUCUCAGUCAACGCAGGGAGUUAGCCCGGAUACUAGAGCGCUUAAUCGAACUCAAGAGCGAGCCGGAAGCUAUCCCCGACACGCCCAACGUCGAGAGCGACGGAAGGAAGCACUUGCUCCGGCUCUACCCGCUCAUUGUCGGCGCCACUAGAGUCGCUGGUAACACCGGCGAUGCCUCUAUUUCUAAGCUGUUGACAGAGGCUCUGGAAGUAGUCGGCGUCGAACUAGGGAUGUGAUACAUACAUGCGCAUUGAAAGAGGAAGAGAAAGGAUUCUUAUAUAUAUACACAUGGACCGGGCCUAGAAACUGAGUAUGGACUGACUAGUGUUUAGAGUAUAUUUAGAUGAAAGUUUGUACUGCAUCGUUAUAGAGUUUAUUGAUUACGAAGGGAGGAGCAAUGGGCAUUCUUUGUCAAUGAGGAGACUCCUGGCUUGCUCCCUAUGGGAAAUGCACGAGUGGUGUGAGGUACAUAGCUAUCGUCAUGGUUUUGUUCUUUUUUUUGUGGUAGAAAUACAUGUGUCAAUUAAGACUUGAAAUAGAUGGC